AUGUCGACCAGAAGGUGUCGUGGAUACAGCGAGAUGUUGGAACUCUCAAGCCAGGAUUCGAAGAACUACGGCAGCAUACGGGAUCAGGACCGCCAAAGUUUACACGCUCCAUAUUUUAACAGAGAUUCCAAGACCGUAUCUCUCGGUAUAAAAUUGGCUGGAAAGGUGAGGGUUGGCGUGAGGCUGUUCAGGGACGGCUCAAUCACAAUAUUUCUUCCAUUCCGGACCAACGCUUGA